CCAGCAGAUAAGCCACUGUUCCAGGGCAGGGCAGGCUCCGCAGCCUCCCUCCUUCUUGCCUCUAUAUACGUGGUUUUCCUUCUUCCAGUUCAUUCCAGAGCAAAGCAGCUUUGGAUUUCUCCGAGCUGCCUUAUUUUCCCCUCCCCGGAGCUGGAUUGCUGCCAGUGUCUUGCAGGGCCCAAGUUUUCUCCAUAGGGAUCUCUUUCUCGGAGCAGCCCAGCUGCACACAGGCUGAAUCCACGCUCCUGGGGCAAGUUGCAGUCGGGAGAGGAGCAGCAGCAGGGGUGCUGUUUGUGCCUCUCCUCCAAGCUAUUCCUGUCAGGAUGGAUUUAUGACUUUAAAAGGGGGGGGAAGAAGGAAAACUGCCUACGGGAGCCAGCGCUUCCACCCCAGCCCAGCCAAGCACACAUAAAGCAGCAGUCGGAUCCCGAGGCAUGAGCAGCGUGCAAGUGGCACCGUGGGAUCUGGUGGAUCCUUGCAUGUAAUAUGACUGAUCGGAAGCCUUUCGUCUGCCUUCCCAGAGCUGAGCUUUUGGAUUUAAGGUAGUUUGCUCAGGACCAGACGUUGCUAUGUUGGCCAAGACUCUGCUUUCUCUUGGUCUGUGGCUGCAGUUGGCUGCGGGACAGAACACACCUGGGAGAGGUCCCCAGCCCUCAGUUUCCAACUCAGAGGGGGAUCUCCUCUUCUUACUGGACAGCUCCGGCAGUGUCUCCUACUAUGAGUUUUCCAGGGUGAAGGAAUUCAUGUGGGACCUUGUGCAACCUUUCACCUUUGGCCCCAGAGAUGUCCAGGCCAGCAUCAUCCACAUCAGCACUACGCCCACCAUGGAGUUCCCCUUUGACCGGUACCAGUCCAGCAGCUCCCUACAACAAGCCAUCCGGGACACUCGGCAGCUCAUGGGUGACACCAACACAGGCAAAGCUCUCUCCUAUGCCAAGGAGAAGCUCUUCAGUGGUGAAGCUGGUGCCCGGCCUGAUGUGCCCAAGGUCCUGGUCUGGGUGACGGAUGGUUUCUCCAGUGAUGACAUCUCUGAACCCAUGCAGCUCCUGAAGGACAUGGGGGUAACAGUGUUCAUUGUCAGCACAGGACGAGGGAACUACCUGCAGCUCUCUGCUGCUGCCAGCCAGCCUCCGGAGAAGCACCUGCACUUUGUGGACGUGGAUGAUUUGACCAUCAUCACCAAGGAGCUGCGAGAUUCCAUCCUAGAUGUUAUCCAAGCAAACCGGCUCCAUGCAGUGGAUAUCACCUCAAGCAGCUUCCGCCUGGUGUGGCCCCAACUCCUCUCCCAAGAAACCGGCUACUACACUGUGGAGUAUGCCCCAGUUGAUGACCUAGCAAGGAAGAGGGCAGAGCAGGUGUCUGGGGCUCACACGAGCUUCACGCUGAACAACCUUGCACCAGACACUGCCUACGAGGUGGCACUCAUUCCUGAAUCCAACAUCCACUACUUCCCUCCGCAGACAACAAGGGUCACUACCCUGGCAGAGGAAAUAAGCCCGGCUCAGGUGUUCAUCUCAGAGUCUGGCCCGCACGGCUUCCACGUGAGCUGGGCUCCUACCCUGGACAGUGUGGUCAGCUACCAGGUGCUGUAUGGACCAUUACCUGGGAACUCCGUGCAGCUGCUGGAGGUGGGUGGUGAGCACAAUGGCACCGCGGUGGAGAACCUGGCAGCCAAUACAACCUACCUGGUGACGGUGACCGCGAUCUACAGGUCGGGAAAGGAGAGGUCCCUGUCAGCCAAAGCGUGCACCCAGGAAGAGGCCUCCCAGGUGAGGCACCUUCGCUUCGAAGACGUGGGCCCCAGCACCCUGAAAGCCUCCUGGGACUCUGCCGCCGGGGAUGUCCUGGGUUACCGAGUGCGAUGCCGACGGCAAGCGGGCCCCGUGUCCGUGCUGAGCGUGUCCCCGCAGACCCACAGUGUGCUGCUCCCUGACCUGCCCGCGGGCACCACCGGCCACGUCUGCGUGAAGCCCGUGUACCGGAGCCGGGAGGGCAGGCGGCUGUGCCGCACCGUGCGCAGGCAGCCGGCUACAGAGGCCCAUGGAUAUAAGCACAGAGAGCGAGCGUGAUGGUAUCCGGAAUGAACUGAUUCCCAGCAGAGCAAGGACUCCUGCUUGGACAAAGACUUGGACAGAAAGGAGGGGUCGGGAAGGAGACUGGAUUGCUGACAGAUCAUCUCCCAGCCUGCGCUGUCCAUUGAGGUGUCCUGGUUGCCAAGCCUCAAGGCUGGCCUCAGCCGAGUGCUCCCAAAGCUUAAAGGUUUGGUUUGGCUGGAAGGAGCAGCCGAUCCGACCAAUAGAUCCCAAAUCCACACCCUCUUUCUUAUCAGUGCCUGACAAAUAACAAACCAAAGGCCAAGUGCUGAAUCCUCCCUCCCGCUUGCUUCCUGCCUAUGCUCUAUUUAUUAAAGGUUGAUGCUGUUUCAUUUCUGCAGCUUAGGAACACGUUCACAACAGGCUGCUCCCCCCCUGCCCUUUCCCUGUGGGCAGCUGCCCUCAGCAAGGUGACACAUGGCCAAAUCCAUUCCUGCUGUCAACUGCAGCUGGAACAUGACAAAGAGCAGCUUCCCUUUGACUCAUCCACUCUGCUCCACAGGUAGCUCAAAUGAGGCGUCCCAAAGGUACAACAUGGAAGGGGAAAGCACUAGCGGGAAGAGGAGUAACAGAAAUGUGCAGUAUGCAGAGGAGAUUGGGUCAGAGCCACCAGGACUGCUGGGAAGAGGAGGAAGAGCGGUUGUUAACACACUCGGCCUUUGGCCGGAAUGUGGAGGAGACACCAUAAAACCCAUCCUCCCUCCCAUAAAGUGCCAGGACAGCUCAGGCUUCCCAGCUGGGCUUUGGUUUAUGGCAGAGCUUAGUGAGCUCAGCCCAAGCAAGGCCAUGCUGGGGGGGAUGAGCACUGCCAGGGGCUCCAGCAGGGAGCUCUGCUCAUGCUCUGCCUGCUGAAUUCUUGAGUCUCACCAGCGCUGUUCCACUUCCCCCUAUGGCACCGGUAUCAGGUUCAUCUGCUGCAAGGAUGUGCAGAUCCCAGAGGGACUGUGAGAGGUUCCAGCUCCCCAAGUCCUUUGUCUUGGGGUUUGGUGUCAGCCUGGGAGCAGGAAACUCAAAACCUUGGGAACUUACUUCCCCUGCAGGUUAUUCCACUUGAGAGCUCUCGGCCCUCAGCUGAGUUCAUUGAGCAGCAGAGAGGCAGGAAGAGCCAGACAGCAAGAGCAUCGACAGGAGGUAGUUUUGCUUCUCCUUCAGACACACACCUCCCAAGCACAGUGCAGGGCUGCCUGGAUCGUGACCAUUACAUGGCCUGUGCAGAUGGUUUCAACAAACUGGAUACAAGUCCUGCUACCAGAGCAGCUAUGUGGAGGUUAUUAGCCCAGGUAUGGACAGUAAGUACCCAGUGCUACCAUUCCAGGCUCUAGCCUCUGAAGGCACAGAGCACAUCUUCAGUGUCUUGUCCUGGGCUUCCACUCACUGCUAAGCUUGAGCUAUACUUAAAAAUUGGGAUUUUAGGGGAGAAGAGUAAAUCUCAUUCUUCCCCUUUGGCCCCAGGCUUGGAUUUGCUGUCAUGAAGCUGCUCUUUGCAAAGGGGAGCUGGGGAAAGAAAGGACAGUUUCAUACCUACUAACAAAGCCAUUGGAUCAGCGUAGUUCCAAACCUGAGGGCUUAGGGCUGUACAGACAUGUACAUAGUUCUGCUAACAAACCCCACAUCAGUGGGAGCACCUUCCCUCAGCAAUGCUUGCUCUAUUUAAGCUCUGUUGCUCAUUGUCCUACAUAUGGGACUGUGGUUUUAAGUGGCACUGUACGUUGGAGAGCCCACAUAGAGUGUCUCCAUGCUGCAAACCCUCUGCUGAUGGGCUUCUUAAAGCAGCUCCUUUGCAGGCUGUGAGGACCUUGUCGCCUGAGCGCUGAGUUCAUCACGUGUAGGUUUAUGGAGCUCUUGCCUUGGGCUGCCUUCUUGUAGAGGAGGAAGGGAUGGCAGGGAAGCAAGUCAUCCAUUAACUCAAUAAGAAGAUUUGCCAUGAUUUGUGCUCUCCUUUGGAAUGCGUGUUUGUGACUGAUUAAUGUGCAUGGAGCCUGUGUCGAGGGGAAGAUAAAGCCUCUGGAAUCACUCAUGCAAUAAGAUAAUCUUGUUCACUCUUGCUGUAGGACAAAGUAAUUCCGCACAGCUCCCUGCAUAGUUUACUCGUGCAUUAACCCAAUUGUAAUGCAUCAUUUUGAAGACAAUUAAAUACACAGUGCAAGAGCUACUGAACGAUUACUUUGUUCUUGAUGGCAAUGAGGGCAAACCUGUUGAGCACUUGUGUUCUAAUGAGAUGUAUUCCUCACUUGGAAGCAUUCCUCCCAGUCUGCUUUACAUGGAACUUCCCCCGAAUAAAUGUGUCAAGUAUCUAAGUCGAAAUA